GUUCUUUCCUCUCCUUCCUUCUGCCUUUUCUCCAUUUUCAUCCCAACUUUUCCUAACUCUCUCCCGUCAAUCGCUUCAGCUCAAAACCUACAUUACAGAUUUGCUCUGCAACUUGACAUUAAAGCUAUAUAUCUUUGAAAAAGGAGAGGUUUCUGAUGGGUUUAGUAAGCAUAGAAACUAAGGGGAGUGGGAAGUUUGGUAUUGGGUUCAUUUUGGUUCAGGAGUUGUGGGUUUUGCUCAACUUCCACUGAAACAACUAGGAAUGAUUAUUUGGGAAUUGGAUAUCAGUAAUCACAGUGUCUGCCAGUGCCACUCAUGUUUGGGAUUCGGAGGCUACGAUGGUUUAUGGGUCUGAAUCAGAGGAAUAUGUCGACCAAAAGGUUGCCCAGUGUCGAGCAACGUGGUCCUGCAAGAGCAAAUCUACUGUCUAUGAUGGAUGCUGUUCAUGAAGUUGCUAUUUACAUUCAUAGGUUUCAUAAUCUAGACCUUUUCGAACAAGGGUGGUACAAAAUCAAGGUUACUUUGAGAUGGGAGGAUGGCGAUGACUCCUAUCCUGGGAUUCCGGCACGGGUGGUUCAGUAUGAAGCUCCUGAAGUGGGUUAUGACAAUUUAUGUACAGUUUGGAAAAUAGAUGAUGCAGACAACAGUUUUUCAACACCACCAUUUCGAAUCAAAUAUGCAAGGCAGGAUGUGGUUCUUUCUAUUAUGAUCUCAUUCUAUCUUUCUUUUGCAGGACAUGAGGCAAAAUCGUCUGCUGUUAUCAUGAAGUUUGAGCUUAUGCAGGCCCUUACAUCUGAUAUUGGAGCUGAGAUGCAGGCGUUUCCAGAUGCUUAUUCUGCUUCAGUUCAUGAGUAUAGAAUUCCCCCUAAAGCUCUUCUCGGGUUACAUUCAUAUUGUCCUGUCCAUUUUGAUGUUUCACAUGCUGUCGUCUUGUUGAUACAAGUGUUCAUGUCAGUUUGCAAAAAGCUAGCUCACACAAGCCGACUGAAGGUACCCAGUGAUUAUGGGUCUUCUGAAGGUGCUCAUGAGGAAAGAUUCUAUUAA